AUGAACCACACCUUUUUCCGAGUCUUUUUAGAAGUGAGAAUCAGCGCUAUGCUUCCAUCUGUAGUCCAGAAUAAGAAAUCAAAAAUAGUAUCAACUGUACUAGCCAAAAUGGUUAAGAUUAUGAAAAGUGGUAAAGUGGUGCUGGUCCUUAGUGGACGGUACGCCGGACGUAAAGCUAUCGUCGUAAAAAACUACGAUGAUGGUACCACGGAAAAGCCCUAUGGACAUGCUUUGAUUGCUGGUAUCGACCGGUACCCACGCAAGGUCCACAAGCGUAUGGGCAAAGGAAAGAUCCACAAGCGUUCUAAGAUCAAGCCUUUCGUUCGUGUUUUGAACUAUAAUCAUUUGAUGCCAACCAGGUACACCGUCGAUUUACCUCUUGAUAAAGUGACAGCGAAGGACUUAAAAGAUCCAGUGAAAAGGAAGAAGGUUAAAUUCCAAACACGUGUCAAGUUUGAAGAAAGGUACAAGAUGGGUAAGAACAAAUGGUUCUUCCAAAAGUUACGUUUCUAA